AUGGUUAGAAAGUUGGACAAUGGAUUGUUGGUGAAGGAUGGACCGCUUUGCUACAUGGUUUCGAAGAAUUCGGCUUGUCAAAUCGGCUUCAAUGACAACUUUUGCUACGAAGAGGGACUCCUUAGAGAUCAUUCAGAUCUGGUCAAAUUCUCUAAUCAGUAUGAUGAUGAUUACAAGCGAGUACUUGAUUCAUUAAAAGGGCUUGUUGAUAAAGCGCCUAAUAUUGCUGAAGCAAGGUUUGCUUCAAUUAAAAAUGAAAAGUGCCAUUGGGAUGACCUAAAUGAUCCUCCUUAUACAAGUUUCAAGGAGUCAAAUAAAGUACAAACAGCAGUUAAGGGAACUCUACAAUGGUUGAUCGAUGAUCAACCAUUGCAAGAUAAAAGCCGCACUGAUGGUCUUCAAGCAAAAGACUUUAUUGAAUGGCGGGACUCUGAGAAAUCAAACUUUUUGUUGGUGAUCGGAACACCUGGCCAGGGAAAGUCUGUGCUAUCUAAUUUCGUGGUGGAUCAUCUCAAAGACCGGAUUGACCAACAAAGCUCUAAUAGUAAAAUUAUCUACUAUUUUUGCAAUAUCAAAAACGAAGAAAGGUUUCGAACAGCAUCAGCCAUUUUUCGGUCUCUCAUUGUUCAACUUUGCGAAGAUCAAAGAUUAUACCAAAGGCUUCCACAAAAUUUAAAGGAUACACCCAAACAAUUCGCCACAGAAUCGUUUGCUAAACUUGGGAAUAUUUUUCAUGAUAUGAUCACAAAAAACCCAUACGAUCGUGUUUACUGCAUCAUUGAUGGACUUGAUGUAUAUAGUACAGAUAUCGAAGAUCUACUUCAAUAUUUGGAUAAACACUUCGCUCCAGAGGAACGCAACAUUAAUAGAAAGCCUCUUUUUCAACUGUUUUGUACAAGCAGACCAGAAUGGGUAACAAGCAUUAAAUUCUCACACAAGAAGAUACUUCGCGCUUCUACAGAAGACUUAACGCUCUUCAUCAACUUUGAGUUGUCCUUAUUCGAAGAAGAAGAUGGAUUUAGAGAUGAUAUGAAGAAAAUCAUUACUAAGGCUGCACAAGCAGAAGAGAAAAGAACAUUCCUUUGGAUAAGUAUAGUUCUCCGCGAGCUCCGAAAAAUUCCAUCACCAUCUAUCGAUGAGAUUGAGAACAAAAUAAAACAGAUUCCAUUAGAGCUCGACGCUUUGUACAAGAAUCUUGUUCAGAAAUUGUUAACAACCCCAAAAUACGGGGUAAUAUUAGCUUGGAUAACAUAUGCAGUACGUCCACUACAUUUUCGGGAACUGGAAGAUGCUCUUGCUGUUAGUAUGGCGAAAGGCGCGAGAAGUUUAAAAGAUUGCGAAAAACAAAGAAUCGUUUUAAAUUCUAAAGUUAUUCAAACAAAUCUAGGCAGCUUGAUAGAUGUCAUUGGCCCGAACCCUUUUCUAAUCCAUCAAACAUUACGAGAUUUUCUGAAAAGAUCGGGCAUAUUGGAAAAAGCAGAGAUAUUGGAUCAAUUUAAACGACCGGGAAUUCUCCUCGCCAAUACCUGUAUAUCUUAUCUGCAUUUUGAGGAUAUUGUGGAAUCAAGAACAGGAGAUGAGGACGACUUCCUUUCCUACGCCGCAAACUACUGGUAUGAACAUAUUAAUACAUUAGAAGAAGCGCAAGACAAUAUAGAACAACUGGAAUCUGUGUUAAAUGCAAAAGGUCAGGCGCUCUGGGUGAGUAGAAACAUAAAUAAUUAUUUGCGAUACGAAACGAUACCGAUAUCGAUUUGGACUAUUGCAAUUGUAAUUGAUAAGGAAUGGCUAGCAAAAGUCCUCACAAGUAUGAUCCCCAAUAGAUUAACAGAAGAGUUAGGUGAUAGUUAUAUUGUUCCUGCUGCUAAGUCAAGCAUAAACGUAUUUCGAGAAUUGCUAAAUUGGCCAUAUUCAGAGAGAGUAUUAAUUACGGAAGAGGUGGUGAAGGCAGCAGCGGGGAAUUGGAGGAGUGGAGGAGAGGUGAUGAUGCUUUUGCUUGAGAAACGAGGGGCAGAUGUGGUCAUUACGGAAGAGGUGGUGAAGGCAGCAGCUGAGAAUGAAUGGAGUGGAAAGGAGGUGAUGAUGCUUUUGCUUGAUAAACGAGGGGCAGAUGUGGUCAUUACGGAAGAGGUGGUGAAGGCAGCAGCUGAGAAUGAAGAUAGUGGAAAGGAGGUGAUGAUGCUUUUGCUUGAUAAACGAGGGGCAGAUGUGGUCAUUACGGAAGAGGUGGUGAAGGCAGCAGCGGGGAAUUGGAGUGGAAAGGAGGUGAUGAUGCUUUUACUUGAGAAACGAGGGGCAGAUAUGCAGGUCAAUGUGAAAAAGAGGUGA